AUGGACAGAGUGAAGCUCGCACAGAAAGUAACGCGCAUUGCGUUUACGAAGGCAUACACUGCCUUUCAAGCGGAAAAGACGAGACAACCGCUGGACAUAACCUCGUUACAAGUCGCGUACGCGCUGGUGCGAGACAAAGCAAGCGAACUCAAUGAGUUGAGCCUGAAAUUACGGAACUUGAUGAUCGAAGCCGAAAAAUCCGAAGAAGCCCUCUGCAAAGAAAUAGAGCAUGCGGAUGAGUAUGUAGCGAAGUAUCAUCAAGCGAAACUUGAGGUAACCGGAUUGAUUGAGAGGCAAGAAGCUCACGAGUCCACGCCGCCGUCACAGUCUUCAUCUCGACGGUCGUAUUCUGCACUCGCGAUGACACAGGAAAGUAUGCGCACAUUAAAAUUACCAAAGAUUGAAUUAAGAAAAUUCGGAGGCGAUAUUAAAGAUUGGCUACCGUUUUGGGGGACGUUUAAGAAAAUUCACGUGAAUCCAGAAUUGGCUAAAGAAGAUAAAUUUCAUUAUUUAGUACAGUCUAUGGAAACGGGUUCGCGUGCAUGUGAAGUAGUAAGUAGUUUCCCGCCAACGGCGGAGAAUUAUGAGAAAGCCAUACAGAGCCUCGAGUCACGUUUUGGUCAUCAAGAAAGAUUUGUUGAUUGA